GGUUACCUCUUUCACUAGCACUCUUUUUCAUUGCCAAUCACAUGUCGUCUGUCCAGCAACUCACGUCGGACGUGACGUCUCUCUCCACCGAGGCCAAGCGGCGAAACAAUGACAUUCGUCAAGCUUGUGAUCGGGCUCUUGUUGUGCUUAAAGGGUACACUCCAACCCAAAGCAUUUCAUCGCCUGAUUUCGUGCCCAACUCACAUGACAGAGAAGCUUUGGCCAAGCCUUUCAUGCUCUCCUUGACCCAUGGGAACGUCAAGUUUGCCACCAUAGCCAUCCCAGUGCUCCAUCGCUUGAUAGGUGCACUGGUGGUGCCGUCACUGGCCUUGCCGGAGCUUCUUGAGAGCUUGAGUGAAGCCGCCAAUUUGGCAGUAGAUAUCCAAUUGAGGAUUCUUCAAUGCUUGCCCAGUGUCAUGCAGGUGUAUGGAGAACAUAUCCAAGGAGACUUAUUGUUGAAAUUGCUCUCCAUCUGCUCGAGUUUAACGGCAAACAACAAAUCAACCGUUGUCAUUAACACUGCUCUGGCCACUCUACAACAACUCUUUAGCUUUGUGUUUGAUGGGAUCAGGGAAGAGUCAUCAACAUCUUCAACUUCCCUCACUCCAAUCACAAUAGAUAACGCUGAAGUAGUUCAAGUCUCCGCCAGAUCUCUUGAAGGAUUUCGAAUCUUUGAGGAUUUAUGUAGACUUGCAUCUCAAGAAAGGCCAGAGUAUCUCCCACCGUCCAUGCAUAUACGUAGUCUUUCCGUGUUGGAACUUAUAGAAAGCAUAGUGGCCAGUCAUCGGGCCACUUUCCAUACCCAUCGUGAAUUGGGUUAUCUACUCCGUCAAAGAGUAAUCCCCACACUUCUCCGGGCCUUAAAUUCCACGGGGAAAUCUUUCCAAAUGACCGUCAGGGUGCUCCGUAUCAUCCAGGUGUUGCUUGGCACUCAAUUGGAUAUAGUCGAAGUAGAAAGUGAGGUCAUUUUGACCUUCUUGAACCAUAUCCUCUCUAGUAAUGAUCUGGUCCGAACAGAAAAUGGAGAUCUUUUGGAGGUUCAUGAUUGGGAACAACUACUUAUUCUUGAAAUGUUCCGUAACUUAUUCCGUGAUUUCCUGACCGUGAGGGCCAUUUUCGAGAAAUAUGAUGAACGUGAAGAAUCAAGAAAUAUCAUCCAGGAUUUAUCCUCCACAUUCAACCUGUACUUACAGAGGAACCCACCGAAAACGACAGAUAUAUUGAAACCACUUCAAACGUCCUCUCUCCCAGACCCAACUGGCCAUUCCAAUGGGAAUUCGAAUUCAAACAACCUCAACAGCAUUUCCUACUUAUCGAGACAAACAUCCAACAUGAAGGUUUCCAUCCUUGAUCAUUUAGAUAAACAUGACCCUCCACUGGUAAUCCCACCAACGUAUGCUCAAUACCUUAUUUUUAACAUUCUCUUGGUGUUUUCUGAAGGGGUGGCAAAGUUUGUAACAAAUAUUUCCAACGGUGGCACCACUGCUAACCCAGAAAUCCUUGAAAAGGAUGUAGAUUUCAUUUCAUCAAUCAUUGAAACCACGUACCCGGAUAUAGCACAACUCUAUGAAGUGUACUUAUUCUCCACCAUGGAUAAUGAAACAUUCCAUCAACUCAUUAGGUCUCUUCAGAAAUUCACCCAUACUGCAGGAUUAUUGGGGUUAGGAUCUCUUAGAGAUGGACUUUUAUUACUCAUAUCACGAGCCAUCAUAAAGAUCGAUAUACCAGAAGAAUCCAGUUCUUCAACUCCCACCAAUGCCACAUCUUCAUCAUUACAUGAACAAGGUAAAAAUCUCCUUGCGUUUGGAGAAUCUAUAGUGGAAUCAUUGGGAGGUGGGAGUAACGAUUCACCAACAUAUUCCAAUGCCUUACUAAAGCCAAGAAGAUUCAACUCCCGUCAUGUGACAUGUUUCCGAGCCUUGGUAAACCUUGCAGUUUCACUCGGAUCAACUUUAGAUCAGUCAUGGAAGAUUAUCUGGAUUACAUUCCAAUGGUGCAAUUAUUAUAUCCAAGGACCAGAUGAAUUGAGUGGACAGCUCAACAAUAAGUCAAGGGAUAGCUCCAGAGAGAAUUUAACUCCCAAAUUAACCGCUGCUGACUUGACCAGUCUUGACAAUUCUAAAAAGAAACUUUAUGAGAGCAUUAAGGAGUACCCCAAGGCAUCCAUCCACAAUUUGAUUUCUGCAUUGUCAAGUCUUUCAGAUCGUCUGUUUGUCGAUCCAAGGGAAGAAGAAAAAUUCGAGGCUGUGAUUUCAUCUGCUCAGGAUCUUCAGGUGUGUCCAUACAAUCGUUCAUAUUACAUGUCGAAGAUUUCCGAAGUCUUAUCGGUCAAUUCAAGACAAUUCAUCAUCAAUGAUGAUAAUACAUGGAAACUAGUAAGUGAUUAUUUCAUUAGGAACUCUAUAAAUCGGUCAAUGUCCUUCAAUUCGAGGAUUCACACUGUCAAGAGUUACCUUCAAGUGAUUCAAACAAUCACUGCUGAUGGGUUUGCCAUCGAGGACGUGAAGAUGAAUAAUGCCACGGCCGAGAAAUCUCUACAGGGACUCCUUGCCUUGCUCAACGGACUCUACAAUUUAGGGGCUCCUCUGGAACUUUUAGUGAUCAAUUGUGAAACAGAAAUCGAUCUUCUUUCAUUGACAACUUUACAUCAAUUAAUCGAUCAUUAUGACAAGUUUUACCAACAUUCUUGGGAAACCGUGUUUGAGAUCUUGAACACUCCAUUCAAGGCUGGCAGGUCAGAUGCCAACGACAAGGCCAAACUCUUGCUCAACAGCUCCUUCGAAACAUUGAAACUUAUUUUGGAUGAGUUUAUUUUUUCACUUCCAUUUGCUCAAUUGAAGAUUUUGAUUGAUACACUUUUCAAUUUUUCAAUGCAAACUACUGAUUUGAAUAUUUCGUUUAGUGCUGUAAGUUAUUUCUGGUUGGUGAGUGACUCUAUCAAAUCAAAAUUACAAGGAAAAUCUGAAGGGAAAACUCAGAUAUCCACUGAGAUUAACAAGGAAGAAGAAUUGGUAGCACAAAUCGAAUCUGCCCAUGAUUCUGAUGACAGGUAUCAAUAUGAACUUUUGGACGUUUACCUUCUUUUAUCACUUUCUAAGAUAUCCACCGAUUCUCGUGCACAAGUUCGUGAUGGUGCCAUUCAAACGUUUUUCCAAAUCAUCGAGGUUCAUGGGAACCUUUUACGUUCCUGGCGAUUGAUUUAUGACCUUGUGUUACCGAACUUGUUGAAUAUCGAGUUAGAUAUCCUGAAUGAAAAAUUCAACAAGAAGGAAUGGAUUGAAAGUUUGAAUUUGAUUCUUUCUGGUUUGGUGUCUUUAUAUUUGUCAUUUAUGAUGGACUUUGACAAUGAUGCUACCACUGCCACGUACUUCUGGAAGGGCCACGUGCAGUAUUACCAAAGAUUAUUGGACUUGAGAUGGAUUGACUUGAAUGUCAUCAUUUUUACAUCUUUCCAUGACUGUCUCGUGUCAUUUGAAAAAGUAAACGUUACUGGAGAAAUCCGGAAAUUAUUGUAUGAUUUCUGGAUUCAAAUUCCAAUUGAAUAUGAUUUCAUCAAUCCAUUAUUCCAGGAGUCUCUUACUAAACUUAUGACGUGUUUUCCACCGUUAUAUCAUCUUGUACGUGAUACACUCACCGUGGAAGAAGCAAACUCCAUUCUCAAUAAUUUCAACUCCUGUGCACGUUACCCCGUACUCCAAGCAAACUAUUCAGAUAAUGUGAAACCAUCUAGUUUACAACUGGUGGUACUUGAGAAUUUCAGAUUGUUUGACCUGAAGGAUAGUAGAACAAGCUCCAACGUCAUUCAACAAUUGAGUUCUAUUCUUGUGUAUCCAUUUGCUACCCGUGCACGCAUUGAACAGAAGUUGGGUUCCACUAAACUAAAUGGGAAAUUGAAAAUCCCAACCUUCAUUGCCAUUAGUAGUUUGUCACUCGGUAUGUUGGAAGAUAAGAUUGAUAAGUUGGAUGAUUUUUCAAUUUUGAUCAAGGAUAAAGGUAUUCUCAAGUUGAUGAAGUCUCUCAUAGAAGUCGUCAAGGAAAAGUUCCAGGGGAUUGAGAAGAAUGAGGUUCCUCUAUGGGUCGAUGCCAGCAAUGUGUUGAAAAAAGUGAUCAUCAAGAUAUUUGACCUGGAACCUGGAGAAAUUCAAACAGAACUUUGGGUGUUGAUCUUUACCACUAUGCAACUAUGCUUUGACACUGUGGACAAGAGUUACGAAACCGCUACUAUCGGACAAUACUUUGAUCUUAGUAAAAUUGUAUUCCCUCAACUCUCUAUCGCGGGCGCGUCAGACGAACUUGUUAAGGGAUUCGUCAAGGAAAUAUAUACCAACUCUUUCCUUUUCGAAGCUAAUGAAUUAGAGAAGUCACUUGACUCGCUGUCAAUCGUUGAAUAUUCAGAAAAAUUAGCACAAUUUGAUUUUGAAUUGUCAUUUGGAACCACUGAACCAUUACGAGCCACCAGAAAGAAACAAACAGCCGUUGUUUGUUUGAGAGAGCUUGUCAAAUUCUCCUCUUCGACAGAUACAAGCGUGUUGAAGCAAACUAGUUUGGACUACUUUGUAUGUAGACUGGCAUUCAGUCUUCGUAGAUUUAUUGCCGAUGCCACGUUACUCUCUAGAGCACCUUUGCCACAAAUUCAACAAGAUGAACUUCGCAUCAUCAUGGAAGGGAUUCUUCAAGUUGUUGAAGUGUUCAAGGGCGAUGGGGAACGUCUAGCAAAGGUGAAAACUUUGUAUCCUCUUGUGACCAAGACGAUUUCUCUUACUUCGAAAAUUAAAGGAUUGGACGUAUUGGUGGAAAAAGUUUUGAGUAGAUAGAUUAUUUAUAUAUAUAUACAUUUAUAUAUUACAUUCCUAUUGUAUUGUACAGAAAAAGGAGCUCCA